GUAGUCUAAGAUUGCUGUGAACCUAAUAUUUUUUGUUUCGCUUGAUUGGAAAUCACAAUCGAAGAAAAAGUACAGACCAUUUUUUAGUUAUUCAAUAAUCUUUGCUGGGAACCAUGGCUGAGAAUAGUGGAGGCGGAGAGACUCAAGAGAUUGCUGAAUCUUCAGCUCUAAUCGACUAUAUUUGCAAGUUGGUUCCUUUGCUGCUGGAAGAUGGAAGCACGGUGCCAUCUACAUUGAAGGCAGUUCUUGAGGAUCGCAUCAUUUUAGAGUCGAUCAGAAAAUUUCUAUCGGACCCUCAAGUUCGCUCACUUAUGGUGGAACGAAUAUCUCAUAAAGAUGAAAGUGAAGAAGCGGAAGAACAAGAACCAAGCUAUAAUAUAUCUGUUGAUGUUCAUUACAGCAAUGGGAAGGCUUCUGGUUUGGCACUUAUCAAGAGAGGUGUGGUUGUUGAAGCUGAUAAACCAAUAUCGCAACAGAUUCGUGCUAUCACUCUGACUGAGGAUUCUCCAUAUGAAACAUUACACUCUCUUGUCAGUUGUGCUGUUGCUCCAUUCUUCAAGUCAUACAUUCGUGAAAGUGGAAAAAUUGACAGGGAGGGUGACAAAAUGGCUCCAUCUGUUGAGAAAAAGAUCGCAGAGCUCGAAAUGGGAUUGUUGCAUCUUCAACAAAAUAUUGAUAUACCUGAAAUAUCACUUCCGAUUCAUCCAACUGUAACUGGGGUAAUACGAAAAUGUCAGGCUGAGAGCAGACGAGCAAGAGUACAAGAUUUUGGUGACAAAGUAGAAGAUUCAACAUAUCUGAAUGCACUACAAAAUGGUGUGAACCGCUGGAUAAGAGAAAUUCAAAAAGUGACCAAACUUGACCGAGAUCCAUCAUCCGGAACUGCAAUGCAAGAAAUCAACUUUUGGUUGAAUCUUGAUCGUGCCUUGAUGCGAAUUCAAGAUAUGAGAGAAUCACCUGAAAUUACUCUCACUUUGGAUAUUUUAAAACAUGGCAAGCGUUUUCACGCUACUGUCAGUUUUGACACUGACACAGGUCUGAAACAAGCGCUUGCAAAGGUUGCCGAUUAUAAUCCGUUGAUGAAAGAUUUUCCACUCAAUGAUUUAUUGUCAGCAACUGAGUUGGAGAGAAUUCGUAGCGCUCUUACUGCGAUAUUUUCUCACAUGAGAAAGAUCAGGACAUGUCAACAAUAUCCUAUCCAACGUGCUCUGAGAUUGAUCGAAGCUAUUUCAAGGGAUCUUAUGGCACAAAUGCUCAAGGUUCUUGGAACAAGACGUUUGAUGCAUAUUUCAUACGAAGAAUUUGAGAAAGUGAUGAUUUCUGCAUUUGAAGUUUUUGGUGCGUGGGAUGAUGAGUACGAAAAACUUCAGGGUCUGAUGCGAGAUAUUGUGAAAAAGAAAAGAGAUGAAAAUUUGAAGAUGGUUUGGAGAAUUACUCCUGCUCAUAAAAAAUUGCAAACCAGGUUGGAUGGAAUGAGAAAGUUUAGACGACAACAUGAACAAUUGCGCAAUGUUAUAUUGAGAGUAUUAAGACCUCAAGUUCAGCAACAACAAGUUGCAACUUCUGAUGAAGAAGACAACAGAGAUAAUAAGGGAGUGAAUGCUGUUAUUCUUGAGACCGCUGAUGCAAACGCAAUUGAAGAAGUGAAUCUUGCUUACGAAAAUGUUAAAGAAGUUGAUGGACUGGAUGUAGGAAAAGAAGGUACCGAUGCAUGGGAAGCUGCUUUGAAGAGAUACGAUGAAAGAAUUGAUCGUGUUGAAACUCGGAUCACUGCUAGAUUGAGAGAUCAACUUGGAACAGCAAAGAAUGCAAAUGAGAUGUUCAGAAUCUUUUCAAGAUUCAAUGCAUUGUUUGUUCGUCCCCAUAUUCGUGGUGCUAUUCGAGAAUAUCAGACUCAACUUAUUCAAAGAGUAAAAGAUGACAUUGAGUCUUUGCAUGAAAAGUUUAAGAUUCAAUACGUUGCAAGUAAAUCUGCCAGAAUGUCUCGUGGCUUGGAUUUACCACCUGUGUCAGGUUCUAUCAUAUGGGCUCGACAAAUUGAACGCCAAUUGUCUGCAUACAUGAGAAGAGUUGAAGAUGUCUUAGGAAAAGGAUGGGAAAAUCAUAUGGAAGGCCAGAAAUUGAAAGCUGAUGGAGAUAGUUUUCGUAGUAAACUUGAUACAAAAGCAUUGUUUGAAGAUUGGUCACGAAAGGUCACCCAAAGGAAUCUGGGUGUCACAGGACACAUCUUUGCUAUUGAUCAAACUCGAGCUCUGCGUCGGGUUCCCGGAGGAGAUCCACUCAAACUUUUAAGAUUGAAAGUCAAUUUCCAGAAAGAAAUCAUUAUGCUUGCUAAAGAAGUCAGGAAUUUGAAAUGGCUUGGAUUUAGAGUACCGUUGGCUAUUGUCAACAAAGCACAUCAGGCUAACCAACUCUACCCAUUCGCUAUUUCUCUCAUGGAAUCAGUUCGAACCUAUGAAGGUGUUUUGCAAAAGAUAGAAGAACGUCCGAACAUUAUUACUCUGGUUGCAAUGCUUCGACGGGAUCUACAUAAUACUAUCAUUGAAGGUGUUCAGUUGGUCUGGGAAUCAUAUAAGCUUGAUCCAUAUGUGCAAAAGUUUGCCGAACAAGUUUUUGGUUUUCAAGAAAAGAUUGACGAUCUUAUUUCAAUUGAUGAUAGGGUUGCUAACGAAGUACGAAGCUUGGAAACUUGCUCGUAUAACCACCAAGUGUUUUCAGAAAUUAUCGGUCGUAUCCAAAAGUCUGUGGAUGAUCUCAAUCUUCACUCAUACUCAAAUCUACCAUUUUGGGUGAGAAGACUGGAUGAGAAAGUCGAGGAGAAAUUGGCUGCCAGAUUGGAAGCUGGUCUGCAAGCUUGGUGCCAGGUAUUGCUUGGUAAGAAAGACAACAGGAAAGAAGAUUUUGAUGAAGCAAAAAAUGCGGAUGGAUCAGGAGACGCAACUGCAAAAACUCAACAGAAACUUGGUGGUGAUCCUAAGAUUGCUAAACUUGUUUAUGAAAUGAGAGUCAUGAAUCAAGUCAUCUACAUGCAUCCUGAACUUAACAGCAUGAGAAGGGAACUGAUUAAUGAACUGCAACAAUGGCAAGAUAUCAUUCAGCGAUUACCAAGGAUUCUUAGCAGUCGUUAUCAGGUUGGAUUGGAUAUUGGUUUGACUGAUGUGGAUUUAUAUUACCGAAAAUGCUUGACAAGAAUACCAACUGGAUCGCUCAUUUUACAGAGAUGUUAUGAAGCCAUCGAGAGUCUUUUCUCUGAUGUGACUUCAUAUGUAAAAGAAUGGCUCCAAUAUCAGAGCCUAUGGGAUAUGCAAGCUGAGUUGAUGUACAAUAAACUUGGAAAUGACAUUCAAUUAUGGCAGGCACUUCUGGUUGAAAUACGUCGUCGACGUGCUACUUUCGAUACUUCGGAGACCAAACGUACAUUUGGUCCGAUUGUUAUUGAGUACGCUAAGGUCCAGUCAAAGGUCAACUUGAAAUAUGACACAUGGCACAAAGAAGUUUUGACUAAGUUUGGACAAUUGAUUGGACAGGAAAUGGGUAAAUUCCAUGGUCAAAUAACUCGAUCUCGUACGGAAUUGGAACAAUCUUCUGUAGAUACUUCUAACACAUCGGAUGCUGUUGCUGUUAUCACUAAUGUGCAAGCGCUGAAGAGGAAUGUGAAAGGCUGGGAAAAACAGGUUGAAAUGUAUCGUGAAGGUCAACGUCUGCUCGAGAAACAUAGAUUCCAAUUUCCUUCAUCCUGGCUUUACAUUGAUAACAUAGAAGGUGAAUGGAUGGCGUUUACAGAUAUCAUGAAACGCAAGGAAGGAGCUAUCCAGACACAAGUAGCAAGCUUGCAAAUGAAGAUUGUUACUGAAGAUAGAGCUGUGGAACAAAGGACCAGUGACCUACUUUCUGACUGGGAACGUGGUAAGCCAGUUGCAGGACAUUUACGUCCAGAAGAAGCACUGCGCUCAAUCACUAUUUUCGAAGGGAAAUUUCAACGCCUGCAAGAUGACAGAACUAACUUAGUGAAAGCAAAAGAAGCUUUAGAAUUGUCUGAUGCUGGAAUGGUCAGCCCAUCCGAAGAAAGAGUACAAGUGGCUGUUGAAGAAAUGAAAGAUCUUAAAGAAGUUUGGUCUGAAUUAUCUAAAGUUUGGGAUCAAGUCGAACAAAUGAAAGAUCAACAAUGGUUAUCAGUUCAACCACGCAAACUAAGACAAGGAUUGGAAGUUUUUGCCGAACAGUUGAAGAAAUUUCCUGCUCGUUUGAGACAAUAUUCUGCAUAUGAACACAUCAGUAACUCCGUAAAAGCCUUCAUCAAGGUUAACUGGAUGGUUGUUGAACUGAAAGGAUCUGCUGUUAAAGAACGUCAUUGGAAACAACUGAUGAGACAGUUAAGGGUAUCAUGGGUUCUCAGUGAUUUAACAUUGGGCCAAGUCUGGGAUGUUGAUCUACUGAGAAAUGAGAACAUCAUACGUGACAUACUUUCUGUUGCUCAAGGUGAAAUGGCUUUGGAACAAUACCUAACACAGGUCCGUGAAGAAUGGCAAGCUUAUGAACUGGAUUUAAUCAACUAUCAGAAUAAAUGCAGAAUUAUUCGAGGAUGGGAUGAUUUAUUCAACAAAGUCAAAGAUCAUAUCAAUUCCGUAUCCGCUAUGAAACUCAGUCCUUACUACAAGGUUUUUGAAGAAGAAGCCACUUCAUGGGAAGAAAAACUUAAUCGAAUUUCUGCUUUGUUUGAUGUUUGGAUUGAUGUACAGAGGAGAUGGGUUUAUUUGGAAGGUAUAUUUACUGGAAGUGCUGACAUUCCUCAUCUUCUGCCUGUCGAAUCACAAAGAUUUGCAUCAAUAUCAUCUGAGUUUUUACAACUCAUGAAAAAGGUUGCUCGAUCUCCUCUUGUACUGGAUGUAAUGAAUAUACCUGGUGUUCAAAGAUCAUUAGAACGUCUGGCUGAUCUUCUUGGAAAAAUACAGAAAGCACUUGGUGAAUAUUUGGAACGAGAAAGAGCAUCGUUUCCAAGAUUCUACUUUGUUGGUGAUGAAGAUCUUCUUGAAAUCAUUGGAAAUUCAAAAAGUAUUCCCAAACUGCAAAAACAUUUCAAGAAAAUGUUUGCUGGUAUUGCAUCUCUUGCAUUGACUGAUGAGAACAUGAUUAUUACUGGAAUUCUAUCAAAAGAAGCAGAGCAGGUUGAAUAUAAAUCGCCUGUGUCUCUUGCAAAACAUCCCAAGAUCAAUGAAUGGUUGACAAGAUUAGAACAAGAAAUGAAACAAACACUUGCUAAGUUACUUGCUCAAUCUGUUACUGAUGUUGCUUCAUUCAAGGACAAAGAAGUUGAUCGUCAGCAAUAUAUGGAAUGGAUGGAUAAAUAUCAGGCACAACUUGUUAUCUUAUCUGCUCAAAUAUCAUGGUCUGAAAAUGUUGAACGUGCAUUACAAACGACAGCUGAUAUGAAAAAACCAGAUAACAGUGCUUUGCAAGGUGUUUUGGUACAAGUUGAGCAAACAUUGAAUGUACUUGCGGAUUCUGUACUUCACGAACAACCUGCUGUUCGACGUCGAAAACUUGAACAUUUGAUCACUGAACUUGUUCAUCAAAGAGAUACUACAAGACUUUUAAUCAAGGAAUGCGCAAAAAGUCCUCAAGAUUUCUCAUGGCUGAUGCAGAUGAGAUUUUACUAUGAUCCAAAACAAUCUGACGUCCUGCAACAACUAUCCAUUCAUAUGGCAAAUGCGAGAUUCCAAUAUGGUUUCGAAUAUCUCGGAGUCCAAGAUAAACUUGUACAAACUCCACUUACUGACAGAUGCUAUUUGACUAUGACCCAAGCUCUUGAGGCAAGAUUGGGUGGAUCUCCUUUUGGACCGGCUGGUACUGGUAAAACAGAAACAGUGAAAGCACUUGGUCAUCAAAUGGGACGAUUUGUGCUGGUAUUCAACUGCGAUGAAACAUUCGAUUUCCAAGCCAUGGGAAGAAUCUUUGUUGGUUUAUGUCAAGUAGGAGCUUGGGGAUGUUUCGAUGAAUUCAAUAGAUUGGAAGAGAGAAUGUUGUCUGCUGUGUCUCAGCAAAUUCAACAAAUUCAAGAAGCUUUGAAACUUCAUUCUGAUCCUGCUCGUGAUACAUCAAAGAGUGUUUGUGUUGAACUGCUUGGAAAACAGGUAAAAGUGAGUCCUGAGAUGGCAAUUUUCAUCACAAUGAAUCCUGGAUAUGCUGGACGUUCUAACCUACCUGACAACUUGAAGAAAUUAUUCAGAAGCUUGGCAAUGACUAAACCAGACAGACAGUUGAUUGCUCAAGUUCUAUUAUACUCACAGGGAUUCCGUACAGCUGAAAAACUUGCAAGCAAAGUCGUUCCAUUCUUCAAACUUUGCGACGAACAACUCAGCAGACAAUCUCAUUAUGAUUUUGGACUUCGUGCUCUCAAAUAUGUCCUGGUUUCUGCUGGUAAUGUCAAAAGAGUUCGUAUUCAGACGAUUAAACAAGAAAAACAAGACAGAGGGGAAACGGUAGAUGAAGCUCAGAUUGCUGAAAACCUUCCUGAACAAGAAAUUUUGAUUCAGAGUAUCAUGGAGACUAUGCUUCCAAAACUUGUAGCAGAAGAUAUACCUUUGCUCAACAGUCUGUUGCAAGACGUUUUCCCCAACAUUGUGUAUAGACAUGACAAAAUGCAGGCAUUGAGAGAGGAAAUUAAAAAAGUUUGUGAAGAAGAUUAUCUUGUCUAUGGAGAGAAUGAGGAAACAGGAACUGCGUGGGUUGAAAAAGUCAUUCAACUUUAUCAAGUAUCUCAAAUUAAUCAUGGAUUAAUGAUGGUCGGGCCAAGUGGUUCUGGUAAAUCAUCUGCAUGGCGUGUAUUGCUCAAAGCUUUACAGAGAUUGGAAGGAACAGAAGGCAUCAGCUAUGUCAUCGAUCCAAAAGCCAUUAGCAAGGAACAACUGUAUGGAAAUCUAGAUCCCAACACUAGAGAAUGGACAGAUGGUUUGUUCACUUCCAUCCUACGACGUGUCAUUGACAAUGUUCGUGGAGAACUCGGCAAACGACACUGGGUCAUUUUCGAUGGUGACGUCGAUCCUGAAUGGGUUGAAAAUCUUAACUCUGUUCUUGAUGACAAUAAAUUACUAACCCUGCCUAAUGGUGAAAGAUUGGCUUUGCCUACAUGCUUCAGAGUCAUGUUUGAAGUGCAGAAUCUCAAAUAUGCUACCAUGGCAACUGUCUCUCGAUGUGGUAUGAUUUGGUUUAGUGAAGAUGUUUUGUCAACCGAUAUGAUCUUCAAUAACUUCUUACAAAGACUCCGACAUAUUCCACUUGAAGAAGGAGAAGAAGAAUUUGUUGUUGGUGGAAAAGGAAAAACGUCUUCUGCAGAGGAGAAGACAUUAUCACCAUCAAUGCGAGUACAGAAUGAUGCAGCAUCAAUAUUACAAUCCUUCUUUUCAUCUGAUGGUUUGAUAGUGAGAGUACUGGAAUAUGCUGAGAAACAGGAUCAUGUGAUGGAUUUCACUCGACUACGUGCUCUCAACUCUCUAUUUUCCAUGGUUGAUCAGGGUGUGAGAAAUAUUCAACAAUACAAUCAAACUCAUUACGAUUUCCCAAUGGAAUUCACAGUAAUGGAACAAUAUCUGCAAAAGUAUCUUCUGUAUUGCAUCCUGUGGUCUUUAUCUGGUGAUGGAAAGUUAAAACUUCGUGAAGAAAUGGGUCAAUUUAUCAGAAGAUCAACCAGUGUUACCCUACCCGCUCAACAGAAUAUGGGAAUCAUUGAUUUUGAGGUUACAAUGCAAGGACAAUGGGUACCAUGGGUAAACAAAGUCCCACAAAUCGAAGUUGAAACUCAUAAAGUUGCUGCUCCAGAUGUUGUCGUACCAACGCUUGAUACAGUACGACACGAAGCAUUGCUUUACACUUGGCUUGCUGAACAUAAACCUAUUGUUCUGUGUGGCCCUCCAGGAUCUGGCAAAACCAUGACAUUAUUCUCUGCUCUACGUGCAUUACCUGACAUGGAAGUUGUUGGAUUGAAUUUCUCAAGUGCGACAACUCCUGAACUAUUGCUGAAAACUUUUGAUCAUUAUUGCGAGUACAGGCGAACACCCCAUGGAGUUGUAUUGGCUCCUGCUCAGUUAAACAAAUGGCUUGUCUUAUUUUGUGAUGAAAUCAAUUUACCUGAUAUGGAUCGAUACGGCACACAACGUGUCAUCUCAUUUUUGAGACAAAUGGUCGAACACGGCGGAUUCUAUCGUUCUUCGGAUCAGGCUUGGGUCAAACUAGAACGAGUGCAAUUUGUUGGAGCUUGUAACCCACCUACUGAUCCUGGAAGAAAACCAAUGUCGCACAGAUUUCUGCGACACGUACCUGUCAUCUACGUUGACCACCCUGGUGCUGCAUCACUGGGUCAAAUCUACGGUACAUUCAAUCGUGCUAUGCUGAGACUCAUUCCAUCACUUCGGGCUUACGCUGACCCACUGACCAACGCAAUGGUGGAUUUCUAUACUAUGUCACAGGAACGAUUCACCCAGGACAUGCAACCCCACUACAUUUAUUCACCUCGUGAAAUGUCUCGUUGGGUCAGAGGUAUUUGUGAAGCAUUAAGACCUCUUGAAAGUCUGGCUGUGGAAGGUCUUGUCAGAAUAUGGGCUCAUGAAGCUCUCAGAUUAUUCCAGGAUCGUCUUGUUCAUGAUGAAGAAAGACACUGGACUGAGACAAAUAUUGAUAUGGUUGCCGUGAAACAUUUCCCUAAUAUUAACAGAGUAGCAGCUUUGAAGCGACCCAUCUUAUACAGCAACUGGCUAAGCAAAGACUAUGUACCUGUAGAUCAGGAGAAAUUGAGAGAAUACACUAAAGCAAGAUUGAAGGUUUUCUAUGAGGAAGAAUUGGACGUUCCUCUUGUGCUUUUCAACGAAGUUCUUGACAAUGUAUUGAGAAUUGAUAGAAUAUUCAGACAACCACAAGGUCAUCUAUUGUUGAUUGGAGUGUCAGGAUCUGGAAAAACAACUUUAUCCAGAUUUGUUGCUUGGAUGAAUGGAUUGAGUGUAUUUCAAGUCAAAGUUCAUCGUAAAUACACUGGCGCUGAUUUUGAUGAAGAUUUGCGAAAUGUUUUACGUCGUUCUGGUUGUAAAGGAGAACGCAUUGCUUUCAUCAUGGACGAAUCAAAUGUGCUUGAUUCAUCUUUCUUGGAACGGAUGAAUACUUUACUUGCUAACGGUGAAGUGCCUGGUCUAUUUGAAGGUGACGAGUUCACUACAUUGAUGACACAAUGCAAGGAAGGGGCUCAAAGAGAGGGAUUGAUGUUGGACAGUCAAGAAGAAUUAUACAGAUGGUUUACUGCUGAAGUCAUGCAGAAUUUACACGUUGUUUUCACAAUGAAUCCUUCUGAAGAAGGUUUGAAAGACAGAGCUGCAACAUCACCUGCUCUUUUCAACAGAUGUGUCUUGAAUUGGUUUGGUGAUUGGUCAAUUGAAGCACUUUACCAAGUUGGUAAGGAAUUUACUUCUAAACUUGACUUGGAAGAUCCACAAUAUACCGUACCAGAUUAUAUUCCUGCUGUUUAUGAAGAAUUACCAAAGAAUCCAUUGCAUAGGGACAUGAUUGUCAAUGCCUGUGUAUUCGUUCAUCAAACAUUGCAUCAAGCUAACAGACGACUCGCUAAACGUGGAGAUCGUGUUGUGACCAUCUCACCAAGAGCUUUCCUUGAUUUUAUAAAUCAUUAUGCAAAGCUCAUGCAUGAAAAGAGAGAAGAUUUGGAAGAACAACAAGUUCACUUGAAUGUUGGUUUGAGAAAAAUCAAGGAAACAGUGGAACAAGUUGAAGAACUUCGUCGUGAUUUGUCUCGUAAGAAUUCAGAACUUCAACAAAAGAAUAAUCUCGCCAAUGAAAAACUAAAGAAAAUGGUGAAAGAACAACAAGAAGCUGAAAACAAGAAGAAAACAUCUCAACAAAUCAGAAAACAACUGGAAGAAUUGAAUCAACACAUUCAAGAAGAAACUGAGAAAGUACGAGAAGAAUUAUCUGGAGUCGAACCCGCAGUUCAAGAUGCGAAACAAGCUGUUAGAUCUAUCAAAAAACAACAUCUUGUUGAGAUCCGAUCUAUGGGAAAUCCACCUGCUGGUGUGAAACUCUGUCUUGAAUCUAUCUGUCUUUUACUUGGCGAACAAACAACCGAUUGGAAAUCAAUUCGACAAUCAAUCAUCAAGGAUAAUUUUAUUCCAACUAUCAUCAACUUCUCUACCGACGAUAUAUCAGAUACUACGAGAAAACAUAUGAGAGAAAAGUAUCUGAACAACCCAGCAUAUAAGUAUGAAACAAUAAAUCGUGCUAGUUUGGCUUGUGGACCUCUUGUUAAAUGGGCGAUUGCGCAAUUAAGUUAUGCUGACAUGUUGAAGAAAGUUGAUCCACUACGCUCUGAAUUAAAAACUUUGGAAAGUCGAGCUGAUAGAAAUCAGAGAGAAGCUGAAGAAGUUGAACAACUUAUUGCUCAUUUGGAGAAAUCUAUUGCUAAAUACAAGGAAGAAUAUGCUCUAUUGAUCAGUGAGGCACAGGCAAUCAAACAAGAAAUGACAACUGUUGAGGCUAAAGUAACUCGGAGUACAAGUCUUCUUCAUUCAUUGAGUUUUGAAAGGGAACGAUGGGAACAGUCUAGUGAUUCCUUCAAAAGCCAGAUGUCCACCAUGCCAGGGGAUUCAUUGAUAUCAGCAGCCUUCGUCUCCUAUGCUGGAUACUUUGAUCAGAGUAUGCGUGAACAACUCUUCCAUGCAUGGACCACUCAUCUACAGCAAGCUAACAUUAGAUACAGACCAGAUCUUGCUAGAGUUGAAUAUUUAUCGACAGUCGAUGAACGAAUGCAGUGGCAAGCUAAUUCACUUCCAGUUGAUGACUUGUGCACUGAGAAUGCAAUUAUGCUGAAGCGUUUCAACCGAUAUCCUCUUAUCAUUGAUCCAUCUGGACAAGCGACAGAAUAUAUUCUUAAACAAUAUGCUGAUAAGAAGAUCUCUCAGACGUCGUUCUUAGAUGACGCAUUCAGGAAAAAUCUAGAAAGUUCUCUCAGAUUUGGGAAUCCUCUACUUGUACAAGACGUGGAAAGCUACGAUCCUAUACUUAACCCUGUACUGAAUAGAGAACUUCGUCGCACUGGAGGUCGGGUACUCAUCACCAUUGGUGACCAAGACAUUGAUUUGUCUCCUGCUUUCACAAUAUUCCUGACAACUCGAGAUCCAACUGCAGAGUUCAGUCCUGAUCUUUGUUCUCGAGUAACUUUUAUCAACUUCACGGUAACUCGUGGAUCUCUGCAAUCACAAUGUCUGAAUGAAGUGUUGAGAUCGGAAAGACCAGACGUCGAUGCAAAACGAUCAGACUUGCUCAAACUUCAGGUAUAUAUUGUAUAUAUCAGAGUACGUCAACUAGAGAAGUCACUUCUACAAACAUUGAACGAUGUCAAAGGUAGAAUAUUGGAUGAUGACAGGAUUAUUACUGCUCUGGAAACAUUGAAGAAAGAGGCAGCUGAGGUUUCAAGAAAAGUUGAAGAGACAGAUGUUGUAAUGGCAGAAGUAGAAACAGUAUCACAACAAUACGUUCCUCUCGCAUCUGCCUGCUCAUCCAUAUAUUUUACAUUGGAGUCUCUACAACAUGUUCAUUUCUUAUAUCAGUACUCGUUGAAAUUCUUCUUGAGCGUCUACCACACAGUGUUGUAUGAAAACGAUAGACUGCAGCAAGUCAAAGAAUAUGGUCAGAGGCUUAGUAUCAUCAUCAAAGAUCUUUUCCAAGUUUCGUACAAUCGAGUAGCUCGAUCACUUCUUCAUGAUGAUCGUGUGAUGUUUGCUAUACUUCUUGCAAGAAUAUAUCUACGGGGAUUUGACACUGACAAUGCAAUGCAGAAUGAAUAUGAUCACUUCCUAAGAGGACAACAACUCGUCUUGACGAAAUCUGGAUCCACAUUUGCAAAUAUAUCUGGACUGACUCCCGAAUAUCGUGACAAUUUACAACGUCUUGCACAUUUGGAAACUUUCAAAAAUAUUUCUUCCAAGUUUCAGGCUUCACCUGAAGACUUGGAUAUUUGGAUGAAAUGCUCAACACCCGAAGGUGAAGUUCCUGAUAAUUGGGCUGCUGAUCAAAUUGUUGAUGGAAAACCACAGCCUCCAAGUAAGAUCGUCUCGGCUCUACGAGCAAUGUUAUUAACUCAAGCGUUACGCGGUGACAGAGUUUCAGCAGCAUCAGAUACUUACGUCAAUUCAGUGUUUGGUGAUCAUUUCACUGCUGUUUGUGAACAGGAAAUCAACAUGGUGACAAUUGUGGAAGAAGAAGUUAAAGCAAACGAACCUUUACUACUCUGUUCUGUUCCUGGAUAUGAUGCAAGUAAUAGAGUUGAUGAUCUUGCAAUGCAACUUAACAGACAAAUUACAUCUAUAGCUAUUGGAUCUGCUGAGGGUUUCAGCCAGGCUGAGAAAGCGAUCAAUUCUGCUUCGAGAUCGGGCAGAUGGGUUUUGUUGAAAAAUGUACAUCUUGCUCCUGGUUGGCUCGUACAACUCGAGAAGAAACUUCACUCUCUGCAACCUCAUGCUCAGUUCAGACUUUUCUUGACAAUGGAAAUUACACCAAAGAUUCCAGUCAAUCUUCUUCGUGCUGGACGUGUAAUUGUAUUCGAGUCUCCUCCUGGUGUCAAAGCAAAUUUACUUUCAACAUUCAAUCGUGUCGCUUCAGCUCAACGGGUUCAGAAAGCACCUGCAGAACGUGCCAGAAUGUAUUUCCUGCUCGCCUGGUUUCAUGCUGUAGUACAAGAGAGAUUGAGAUAUGCUCCACUUGGAUGGAGUAAAAAAUACGAGUUUAAUGAUUCUGAUCUUCGAUGUGCUUGCGAUACGAUCGAUACAUGGAUCGACGAUGCUGCUAAAGGUCGAGCUAAUCUUCCUCCCGAUAAAGUGCCUUGGUCUGCUCUGCGAACUCUUUUCUCUCAAGCGGUUUAUGGUGGAAGAAUUGACAAUGAAUUUGACCAACGUCUUCUCAAUACUUUCCUUGAGAGACUUUUCACACCUGCCAGUUUUGAGCAUGAUUUCGCUCUUGUUAAACCAACAGAAGGUUCUGGAUUGUCUGGCCGUGGUAUUGUUAUGAUGGAACAAGCCACAAGACAACAACAAUUUGUUGAAUGGACUGAAUGUUUACCAGAAAAACAAACCCCUUCAUGGCUUGGAUUGCCUAACAAUGCUGAGAAAUUGUUACUUACUGCAAGAGGAACCGACAUUGUUCGAAAGUUACUCAGAACUCAACUCCUUGAUGAAGAAGAUGAUCUAACUUAUGAAAAGAAAGCAAUGGAGGAGGAAUUGAAAGAAAUUUUGGUGACUUUCACUGAAUCAUCUGAUGGUAAAUCAAGACGUAGAAGAACUUCGUCUACAUUAUCUGAAGGUGACGGAAGACCACAAUGGAUGAGAUCAUUGUUAAAAACUGCACGAAAUUGGAAAUCUGUUAUUCCAACACAACUUAGAGGAUUGUUGAGAACUGCUGAAAAUAUCAAGGAUCCACUCUUCAGAUUCUUUGAAAGAGAAGUGAACCUUGGUGUGAAGUUAUUGAAGGAUGUACAAUCUGACUUGGCCGAAGUUAUAUCAGUGUGUGAUGCAAGAAAGAAACAAACUAAUUAUCAUCGAACACUAAUUGCUCAGCUUACUAAAGGAAUUCUGCCAGAAUCUUGGAAUAAGUAUAAAAUACCAGCGGGAUGGACAGUCAUGCAAUGGAUAACUGAUUUCAGUGAGAGAAUUCAACAAUUACAAAGAGUUUCUGCAGCAUCUGGCACUCAAGGCUUGAAAAAUUUGAAAGUUUGGCUUGGUGGACUUUUCGUCCCUGAAGCUUAUAUAACAGCUACCCGACAAUUUGUUGCACAAGCUAACAGUAUCUCACUUGAAGAAUUAUCUCUUGUUGUCAAAGUAUUGGACAAAGGCACUACCGAUGUACAAAUUGAUGGAAAUAGUUUUGCAACGACAGGUUUGAUUCUUCAAGGAGCAAAUUGUGUGAAAAAUAAGCUGAGUUUGUCGAAUGAAUUGUCAACAAAACUUCCAUUGACUCUGCUUUCCUGGGUCAAAACUGAUUCGGUCAAAAAAUCUGGAAACAUGGUUACUUUACCAGUAUAUCGCAAUGGAAUGAGAUCAGAUCUACUUUUCACAUUGAAGUUUGAAAUAGAAGGAGAUGAACUUAGUUUCCAUGAACGCGGUGUUGCUUUGCUUUGUGCCGAUUAGAUAUCAUUCAUAGUAUGCUACAGCUUGUAUAGUCAGUUUACGUGAGUUCAAGGUCCUGUGUAAAGCUCUAUUCAAUAUGAUUUCUAGAUUGAGUUGUAUUCAAAGUUUCUGAAAUAAUUUUAGUUCAAUUGUGUUCCAUUGUCGUUUCAGGUGACAAAUUAUUAGAGGAUAAAUGUUCCAUAAUUGCUGUUUAAACAUUUAUUUAUUGGCCAAUAAUUAACUAUAUUAACCAAGAUCGUAGUUAUGUGUGUGUUUACAUAUAAAUCAUGAAACAAGUUUUGCCGCGAACAUGCGUCAUAUAUUUUACCAUCGUGUUUAAGAAAUGAAACUGAAAACAUCUAGUUCUGUUUACUGAUUAUUUACAAUGCAUUUUGGAUAUUUUUCAAAUGUGUAUAUCUUUAAUAUGAUGGUGCAAUUUAUGACCAAGUAAUAAUAAUGUUUGCUGUUCGAUAUCAAUUCGUUCAUAAAAUAUAUGGUGUUGUAAAGAAGG